CUGGUGGGUCUGCCCUUGUUUCCUGCGCUCCGCGCUCUUGCAAUGAUUGACUGCAAGAACGACGUUUAUCUCCACGUUCGCACCAAACCAGGAAGGCUUCCGAAGCUACGAGCAUUAAUGAUCACAAGCGCCAAUUACAUACCCGGAGAUGACAUUAUUCGCUUAAUUGGAGGAACAAGCUGCUUGCGAGAACUCAUUGUAGUCUUGAACUCCUCUUCUUCGGUAUACGGGGCACCUCGCUUUCCAGUCUGGAAGCACUGACAGCUCUGCGUCACUUGGGUGUUUCCAUGAAUGACCUCUAUUAUUGGAAGUCAACCAGGUUUUGUAUUGAGAGCAAGAAACGGCUCACUAAAGUCUUUGCAAACUUUGCGAGUCACAAGAAGCUACUGUCACUGACUUUGCGGUGUACCAUCGACUUCCUUCCUAACGAAGAGGAGACAAGCCUACCGCUAGGUAUUGGGCAUUUCGAGGCGUUGAUAAGAGAUACACUUCUUUCGUACAUCACGGAAAUGGGCUCCACGAUCGACGAUAGUAUCCUUGAGUAUCUAGGUGUUGUCGUCAACGUCACAGCCUAUACUCUUGAUCUACCUGCCAAAGCUCCCGAAGGCCCCAACCAAGCCCUAGAGCGCCUGAAAAAAGUGCUAUGUCUCCGACCAAAACAGGUGCUUCGACUAGCAGACUUGGCCAUGGAGGAGAUGAUGGCGCGAUAUGCCAAGGACGAUUACUACUUUCUUGAGGCCUAUAUCGACACUAUGACCAAAGCAAGUCGCGUCGGGAUCUCUAGUGGCUCAAAAUUUGUUGCCUAUAAUUAACCGUGGUUUAACGCCCUAUCGAUCACCUCCCGUGGGGUGUUCGCAAGUUGUUGCAUAUGUAUGACGAGAUGAUACUAUAUCGAGGCAAGGCGGGAUAA